AUGGAGAAAGCCAGAGACAUGAUACAAUCCUCCCCCUCUUCACCUUCCUCUUCUCACCUAACGGCAUUUUCAGAAAGCACUCAUGCACUUGUCCCCAUGAAUAGUAUUGGGCCUUUAAAGAUUAUAGGCCCUCACAUGGAUGAUGAGGUCAUGGUGCCUUUGGCAACCUAUGAAUCGCCUUUAUGGCCUUCCACAAACCGCGGCGCCAAAGCAACACGUCUAUCUGGAGGAGUCGAAGCGGUUCUUAUCUCUGCACAAAUGACGCGCUCCAUUCUUGUGCAAGCGCCAAAUGCUGCUUAUGCUAAGGAUUUUCUAGAACACCUAAAAAAACAAAAAGAAACUUUAAAAGAUAUUGUUGCAAAUACUUCCCGCUUUGCAGAACUCAUUGACUGGCACCCUCAAAUUCUAGGAAAAAUGAUCUACCUACGAUUUGCCUUAAAAACAGGGGACGCUAGUGGCCAUAAUAUGGUGACAAAAGCGGCAGAUGCCCUUUUGAAAUGGAUUUUAGAGCAAUAUCCAGACCUAAAACAUCUUUCUGUAUCUGGGAAUUUCUGUGUCGACAAAAAAGUUUCUGCCGUCAAUGGCAUCUUAGGCCGUGGCAAAAACGUUGUUGCAGAGGUGACAAUCUCUAAAGAAAUCUGCCACGAUAUUUUGAAAAUAACCCCUGAAAAAAUUCACGACCUCAACAUCAAAAAGAAUUGGAUGGGCUCACAGCUUGCCGGGAGC